UAACACUUGUUUGGUUUAUUUUUCACAAGCCACACAACUUGUUUUCAAAAAAAAUAAUCAGUCUUUGCACAUUCAUACACUGAUCUCAGUGUGUUGGACAAAUGUGAGAUGUGAUUGUUUCUGUUUUAGAGCUGAGGAAUCAGGUGGAAAAAAACCAUAGGCAAGUAAAAACAAUAACUAAAGGCCUUGAAAAUGUGACUAAAUGGUGAAGUAGCCUUCAAUGGUGGUGUAUGAUAGGAGGAGGUGUCCUACUAUUCAUCUCCCUGUGACAGUAAUGCCACUGCUGGGAGUGCUUCUGUGGAGAUAAUGGUCUGACAGAAGACAAAGCUGCCUUGCUUUGUUCCACUUGGUGUGCUCCUUCCAAAGCUGUUUUAGAAAAACCCUAAACAACUCACAAACAUUGGCUCUUCUACAUUAUUUUUCACACCAAAUGGCCUAUAGCAUGUACCAGCUGCUGUACAUGCAGUCUUUUCUGUGGCAUUCCCUGCCCGUUCACUGCUCAGCUGCAAAGUGAGGCUGUUUUACUACUGCAAUUUAUACUGUGAGAAUUUCCCAGGAUUUUAAGAAGAAAUUAAUGGAAGCAGCACCCACAAAUUUAGCUAGGUAACACUACUAAUAGUUUGCCUUGUUCUCCAUGCAUAUUUACUGAAGCAAAGUGGUUUUGAGGUGGGGGAGAGGAAAAGCAAAAAUUUUGUAGCCCGCUGCUUGUAAAGGCCUGGGAAAAGCUCUGACCUGUUUAUGGAGUUAAGCACAUCUAAGUAUUAAAUUGCUGUAUUAUAGUUACAUACCCUUAAUCACAAUUCUCCAGUGCUGUUAAGCUUCAGGUUGAGAAAUAGGCUAUUUAAGUGGCUGAUCAAGACUCUGAACUCCAUUUGUAAGGUAUUUAUUAACUUUAGUUCUGAAGACAGGAGCAGACUGAUCUAUAAUAAGACUCAGUUACUGAACCAUGUCACAGGACACACCUUGAGGAGAACCAGCUUUAAAGCACUACAGAAGAUAAGAGCAAAAUCCAGAUGACCUUACUCUUGUGCUUACAUAAACUCUUCUAAAACUGUCCUGGAACAUCACAAUGUUUGUAGAGUGGGGAAAAUUAUGUUGAUAAGAAGUUAACAAUACUGGUGAAGUGUCUGUUCUGCAACUAUCUCUGGGUUCACAUCAGGGCUUAUGUUUGUGAAUCCACAGACUCUUGGAAAACAUAAGAAAUUAGUCCAGUGGAAACUGACCUGUUCAUUCCUAUCCAGUAUGGCACACUUUCUUGAAGGCUGGACAUAGUCCUGACAACUUCCUUCUCUCAGGAACAGGAGCUGUCACAUCAAAAUAUUUGUUGUGGUAAAAUCCAGAGUUCAUAAGAGCACCAAAGGAAAGACAAGUGGACCAUGGGUUUCGUUUUGUCCACAGUUUUCUGGACACUUUUGAAGUCAACAUUGUUGCUACUUCACUCGUUGUUUUAAAUUCUUGGCUGGUACACGCAAAUUGUGAUGUUGUUUGUGUUUCCUCCAGUCUAAAAUGACAGAUUUUUGUGUACAUGAAGGGUUUUGAACAAGUGGGAGGUUGCUAUUCCCUUCUUUUUGGCUUAUUUAUGCAACACAAGGAAGUAAGUCUGCUUCCUAAGCCUGGACUUCGUUGAGGCAAAAGUUCCUGUGGCUUGUGAAUCUUCUCAUUUUUAUCACACAGCUACUGCUGCUUCUGAUGAUUACUAACAACUACUACUGUGUUCAAAGAGCAAUUAACUGAAAUCACAGAUCCUGACUUGCUUGUUUGUAUAUGUGUGGUACAACAGGGGGUCAGCUCCAUGUCAAUCAGUGACCAGCAUCAGACUGCCUGAUAGACUUGUGUGUUGUGGAUUAACUCCUGCAAUGUCCCGGCUAAGACCAAAGCUGUCUUUUCACACCCAGGGAAGGACAUGAACUGAGGUACUUCUGGGAGUACCUCCGUUUUGGUGCUCCGUAGCAGCAGCUCACAGAACGAUGGAGUGUUUUGGGUUGGAAGUGACCUCAAAGAUCAUUCAGUUCCAACCUUCUUGCUCUUCAGGGACCAAAGCAGAUCCACCCUUGGACAAAACACCCGCUGAUCAGGGAUGCUGGGCCAGGUUCCCCCACCAGUUGCCACAACGGAGAGGCCAUGGGGCACACGGGCUCAGGCAGCAUCUCUCCUUCGGGCUCCGAGGAUGACCAAAAGGGACAGAGGAAAGGGUACAGUCUAAUUUUACACUUAGCAGCCCUGGUGUCCCGAGUUUGGUGUGGGAGGGGUGUGGCAUUAACAGCCGGCAGGCCAGGCCCACCGGUGCGGACUGUGGCGCUACCCGGGGGCGAGCAGCGGGACCGGGGCAGCCACCGCCGCGGGGCGACCUCCCACUCCGCUGCGCGCAGCCCUCGCGUGCUCGUUCCGGGGCCAUCGAACACUCCCUCUCCCUCCACCGCCCACCCGUAGGCGCCCCGCAACCUGCAUAAGAGCACUCGCCUCUCUACGCCCGCUGUGGCCUCGGCCGGCAGCGCGCCCGGGAUCGAGCAUGACGCGGGGGGCGGUGGGGCUAUGCAGGUUCCGGGGCGGGUCGGGGUGGGGCGAGGUGCGGAAGCCCCCGGGGUGACGCGAGGGGUCGUCGAUCGGUGCGGGCGGGAUGGCGGCGGCGGGCGGGGACGGUCCCGAGCUGGAGCCGGGACCGGAGCUGGCGAUGGAGCCGGAGUCGGAGCCUGAGCCGGAACCCGAGGCCGAGCCGGCAUUGGCGGCGGAGCUGUCGGCGCGGCGCAGCGCGGAGGCGCAGCGGCUGGUGUUGUCGCCGCGGCGGCUGUCGGGCCCGCUGCCCGCCGGGCUGUCUCAGUGGUUCCCGGCGCUGGAGGUGCUGGACGUGAGCGGGACGGGGCUGACGGAGAUGGGCACGGAGCUGCUGUCCCUGCCGUGCCUCCACACGUUACUGGCCAAGAACAACCGGCUUGGCGGGCCUGGCUCUCUGCCCAAGGGGCUGGGGCAGGCGCCGCUCGCCCGCUCCCUCCGCGUCCUCAACCUCAGCGGGAACCGCUUCUCCGAGGUGCCGCCCGCGCUGCUGCAGCUCCGCGGGCUGCGCAGCCUCAGCCUCGGCGGCAACCGGCUCCAGGGCAUCCCGCCCGACAUCCAGGAGCUCCACAGUUUAGAGUUCCUGUACCUUGGAGGGAAUUUCAUUACGGCAAUUCCACCUGAAUUAGCAAAAUUGCCUUCUCUGAGGUAUCUAGUUCUGUGUGACAACAAGAUCCAGAGCAUUCCACCUCAGCUGGCACAGCUGCAUUCCCUGCGUUCCCUUAGCCUGCACAACAAUCUGCUGACCUACCUUCCCCGAGAGAUUCUUAACCUGGUUCACCUUGAUGAGCUGAGCUUACGUGGGAACCCGCUGGUGGUGCGGUUUGUGCGUGACCUGACCUACAAUCCCCCGAGCCUUCAGGAACUGGCUGGACGCACGGUUAAAACUCGCAACAUUCCCUACGCUCCCAGUGAUCUCCCAGAGAAUCUUGUCCGGUACCUGAGCUUGGCCAGCAACUGCCCCAAUCCUAAAUGCGGGGGUGUGUACUUUGACAGCUGCAUCAGACAGAUCAAGUUUGUUGACUUCUGUGGGAAGUAUAGGCUCCCGCUGAUGCACUACCUGUGCUCCCCAGAGUGCUCGUCUCCUUUCAGCUCUGCCUCCCAGAGCUCCACUUCCCAGAGCGAGUCUGACUCUGAGGAUGAGGCCAGCGUUGCUGCACACAGGAUGCAGAAAGUCCUUCUGGGAUAACAGGGAGCCAGAGGGGAAGAUGGGAAGGAAGAUGGCAUUGAAAAGCAAUAAUGGAAUGGUGAAGCAUGAGCCACUGGCCUGAAGGGUUUGUGAGAAAUUGUACACAAGUCCAUGCAAGGACAGAACAUCUUAGCAAACCUGGACUUGCUUGGUGCGGUGCUGCUUAGGAGAUCUAACUGAGUAGCGUGCUGCCUGUUGGUUGCCUGGGGUUGUUAGAAAUGUCUUCUGGCUGGGAGGCACCCCCUUCCCUCAGUCGGGCUGGGAGAAGGAUUUGUUCUCACUGGCGGAUUCAGAAGGAUUUUAAUAUAUGAAAGUUGACUGGACUUCAGUCAUCUGCAGAGCAAAGGAGACUGGCCACAUCCUUUAACAUUGUGGUAAAUCAGAAACAGGCUAAUGAUGCCAUGUGAGUAUAUAAGGACCCCAGUGUUUCACAAAGCAGUUUGGUUCCUUUCUGUCUCCUUUGAUCUCAGUUGCAGAUUUUACACCCAUCCAAUGAAAAUGAAAGUUGAAAUUUUUUUUAUUCAGGACUAGAUUUUUCCAGACUCUGGUUACCCUUCUUUUGCCUAGAGGUGUAGGGUUUCUGUACUGUUACAUAUGUUAUAGCUAUCAUAGAACUGAGCCAUCUUUUUUUUCUUCCUUGUUAUACUAAGCUGCUCUUAGUGUCUCCUUCUAACAAUAUUUGUCAUUUUUCCUCCUCCUUUUCCUUCCCAUUACACCUAAAGUGUUGCUGUCUUUAUGGUGCCUUCAGAAAAGAGACAAGUUGUUAUGUUGUAAUUGGUAUUACUUCAUUACUUGUGGCCUGGGCAGGGGACCAGAUGUGAAGUUCUGUGUCAUAUUUUUGAGUUUCAGCUUACUGGAGCAAAUCUGCUUUUACAGCUGUGAAUUGCAGGAAUGGUCUCAAUUGACUUUUUUUUUUUUUUAUAAACAGCCAAAUUUCCCCACUGCAGUUUGCUCUGCUGUGCUUGGUGGAGUUACUUUCCAUCUUUAAGGUCACGUGCCUAAGGUACAUAGCGGCUCAGUGUAUGGAAAGUACCCAGAGAAGUGCUGUGAAGAAUGUCUUUUUUCCUGAUUCCUAACAGGAGAGCUGGUAGGGAGGCAAAGGCAUGUUACCUGAGCUUCUUGCACGAGGUGCUUUUGAAAUGUCUUCCUUAUUUAUUUUUUUGCAUUUGCUCUCGUGGCAAUAGCUUUGGCAGUCUGUUGAUGGUUCAAAUAACACACUCAGUUAUCUUAAACUAUGUUUAAAGGAAAGCUGCAGAAAAUAGCUCAGAAUUUUUAUGCAUCAAGAAAUACCUUAUAAAAUUAAUACUACGAAUUGACAAGUAUCUGUAAAUCUACUUUGUGAGGCUGCUGUGUGCUACACUCAGUCAGAACUUCCCGUUUACUAAUUUACUAAUUUCAUGGUAGACAGUCCUUUUGAUUCAGUUUCUGAUAGAGCAAAUCCAACUGUGCCUUUGAAUGCAUGAAUAGAGCAAAACCAUCAUGUUAAGAAGCUGAAAUGAACAAGAAAAACUUUCUUAACCCACUUUGGACCUAUGGAGUAAUUUAAAAACCUGUGCUUCUCUCCUGCAUUCAGGUAACACAUGUACCUAUUUGAACAUCUUAUGGCAGCUGUGUUAAUGGUCCUGUUUAAUUAUGUUUGACACUUUAUGUAUUAAAGCACUUCUGUAGUUCUGCUCUUUAUAACUAGCUUUAGUGAUUUUUUUUUAUUAGACUACAGUUUUUGCUUUCAUGUAAUCUGAAGAACAAGAUCUGUGAAACUUUGUAUGUUCCAGUCUGUCUCACAUGCAGGUUGAAUUUCCUGCCUUGUAUUUCCUUGACAGAACUCUUUAUUUUCCCAGUUUCCCUUGGAAAGAACUGGAAUUUAAAAGAAAUUACCAGAUAGUAAAAUAGUACUCUGUCCAUUGUUAAUCAUUGCAACUUAUUUUCCACACAUACAUGUGUGUAUUGCACCUGUGUGCAUUGAUCCACAAGGAAUUAAUUGCAUGUGCUCUAUGGUUUUCCAAGUAAUUUUUUUAAAGUGUAUUUUUAAGACACAAUUAGUUAUAUAUGCCAAGCAACUGGAUGUCACUUUAGCAGAUUCUAUGAGGUUUGUUUGGGAAGAAGAAUCCACAGGUUUUGAGAGAAACCAAAUGCAUACUGUUAGUGAAGUUGCAGCCAGUGAGUGGCCUGUUUUGUUCAUCUCUUUCAGAUGCUUCUUGCUGUCCCAAGUGAAUAUAGUCACAGCAAUGCUGUAUGACAGUAAAAUUAUUCCAGAGCCACAAUUUUAACUUGCCUGCUGGUAUAACCAUAGCAAUCAACUAAGUGAUCUAGAGCUUGACUCUCCUGCCAGCAAAAGUAAGCCACACAGGUUGAGAUCUCAAGAUCUUUUUGAGCUCAGAGCCAUAAGGUACCACCUUCCUUUCUUGUCUUUAGCAGCAGCUGCCUUGAAGUCAUGCAUUUUUUCACUUCACAAAGCUAGAUUUCAUCAGAGUUCCUGCUUGCACAGUAGCACCUCUGUGUGUGAUGAGUUCAGACCAGUAGUGGCUGUUCUAAUUUAGCUCGAUCCUUAACUGCAGUUUCUUUCCUAACUGAACAGGCAUCUCACUUCUGCCCAAAUAUUAUAUGGUCUAUUAGAGUAAUUUUUUUUCAUAGAUUCUUCACUGUAGUCAGGUCAAAACUUGACAGCUUAUGCAGUUGAUAUCUUUGCAUUUUUGCACUUGAUAAAAUGUCUCUUAAAAAUUUAUAUAUAUGUAUAUUCCUGAAUAUAGCUACCAAGUUUUCUUUUUGCUGCUGGGCUUUAAAGUGCAAUUCAAGUAAGUCAGAAUUUAAAACGAUCAAGAACUUUUAGGAAAAGCAAAUUAUUGGUUGGUUGGUUGGUUGGUUGGUUGGUUGGUUGGUUGGUUGGUUGGGUUUGAGGUUUUUUCCCUCUGAGGUAGUUUUGAGAGGACUAGGGAUGCAGAUAUAUACUGUAGUGCCUAAAACACUGAGCCCCUGUGACUUGUUUUCAAGCAAUUGUUAGCCCCCAAAGACUUAAAAUUGUACUGGGCAAUAAAAUAGGUAAGACACAAGUUGAAAAUACACAGAUGGAUGAUAAGCACUAGUUUCUACCAUCCCCUUUUCAGAGGCUCUAAGAAGUAGGUAGCGUUUUUGCCACUGUCUGUUUUCUGUCAUUUUUCAGCAGAUUUCAGCUCCUAAAGAUGCAUCUUCAAGUGAAGUCUUUAGUCAGUGUUUUGGUAUCAGUCCCCUUGUUGCUACAGCACCCCAGCAUGACCAGCUUUUGAAGGUGUUUUUAAGCUGAGACGCAACUGUGUUAAGCAAAGUUGCUCAUUCCUUUUUCCCCGUGGGGCCUGAGGCCCUGCCUGCAUUCAUCCCCUGCCCCACCAAGCCUCUGCUAAGGAGAGCUGCUGGUGUUUCUGAAUGCAGGUACUUGAUGGAAACAGUGGGGUUGUGUUAAAAAGAAGCAAAAUAUCAUUUGAUGGGAAGCAACUUCGACAGUUGCCAAUUCUUUUAUGUUUCUCUUUCUUUAAUAAGAGCCGAGACCUGAGGAAGUCAGUAAUGAAUAUUUAAACAUACUCUGAAGUGGCCAGAUGCAGUUUUUCAUGGGCUUUUGUCCUGGUCAUUUUAAGUCUUUGAAACCUUGUGUUGAAUUAUAAUGGGACUGGGGGGAGGGAGGGGAGAACCAACUCCUUUUUGUUCCUUACUCUUGUUGGCAAUAAUGAAUGGAAGGAAUUUAAUCCAACGAAAGUAAUGAAACUUAAUCCUUGCAAUGCAUCUUUGUUGCCCAGUUCAAAGAACUAUUUUACUGCAUCUUAUUUACACCAUGUUCUCCCUCCCCAACUGAAGACACUUUAAAUAGACUGCUUCAGAGUGCACACUAAUACAGCAGUAACUCUGUCUUGGAAACCUUUCUAUUGAUUAUUUCACUUGCUUGCCUGACUUGAGAAUUGAUCAUUUACUGACCAGAACACUAAGGGUAGAAAGGGUUCUCAUCCAGCCCUCUUGUUGAAUUUUUAUUAUAAGCAUUUGUUUUAGGACAUCUUAAAGUGCCUUACGAUUUUAAAACUGUAUUUUGUCUGUCAAACAUAUGAAUGUAGACUAUCUCUAACAGUAUUUCAUUAUAAGCUGCAAAACAAAUUGCAAACACUAAACCUACAAAAAUGUUAUUUC